CGCCCCGGGUUGCUGUGGAGCGGGGCCGCCGGGUAGUUUUCAGUAUGGCCGUGGACUGGCUGGGCUUUGGCUACGCCGCUCUGGUGGCAUCAGGAGGGCUCAUUGGCUAUGCAAAAGCAGGUAGUGUCCCGUCAUUAGCUGCUGGCCUGUUCUUUGGGAGUUUGGCUGGACUGGGUGCCUAUCAGCUCUCACAGAAUCCAAAUAAUGUUUGGAUUUCUCUGAUUACAUCUGGAACACUGACUGCCAUCAUGGGAACAAGAUUUUACAACUCUGGAAAAUUCAUGCCUGCAGGGCUAAUUGCUGGUGUCAGUUUGCUAAUGGUUGGAAGAUUAGCACUGAAGAUGACGGAAAAGUCCCAUGAUAAAUAACUGUUCAUUUUACAGUUUAAUAUCUGGAUAAGGAAACCUGAUAAUGAAGUUGCUUGAAUGCAGAAACAAGAAGAUGGAAUAAUUUUCUAUAUCAAGACAUUUUUUUUUGCCUU